UCGGCGCGGCCCGCCCCUUGACUGUGUUGGAGACCGGAAGCGAAGUCUCCCAACUGGGACUUCUGAGUCUGGGGAAGGCCUGGGCAUUCCUUCCCUGUGCCCCCAACUCUGGAUCGAGCGCUCCUCUACAGUGCUGGGGGCCAUGGGUGCUCUGUACCGCCGACCUCUUGUCCUUCUGGAGCCCCCUCUGGGGCUAGGGCUGUUGCUACUGGUCCUGUACGAGCUGGCUCCCUGUCGCGCUUCCCUGCGGCUCUUGGACCACCCGGCACCCAUUUGCUCCCAGCAGGGGCUAAACUGUACAGUCAAAAAUAGUACCUGCCUGGAUGACAGCUGGAUCCAGCCUCAAAAAUUGACCCCUUCAUCCCCAAAAGAUGUCCAGGUCCAGCUGCACUUUGCCCAAACCCAGCAUGGAGAUUCCAUCCCUGUGAUUCAUAUUGAAUGGACACUGCAGACGGAUGCCAGCAUUCUCUACCUGGAGGGUGCAGAGCUAUCUGUCCUGCAGCUGAACACCAAUGAGCGUUUGUGUGUCAAGUUUGAGUUUCUCUCUAAACUGCAGCAUCAUGACAAACGGUGGCGUUUUACCUUUAGCCACUUUGUGGUAGAACCUGGCCAGGAAUAUGAAGUGACCAUUCACCACCUACCCAAGCCUAUCCCUGAUGGGGACCCAAACCACCAGUCAAGAAACUUUCCUGUUCCAGACUGUGAGGACCCCGAGAUGAAGAUGACCAGGCCCUGUGUGAGUUCAGGUAGCCUGUGGGAUCCCAACAUCUCCGUGGAGACCCUGGAAGCCUACCGGCUGCGGGUGAGCUUCACUCUGUGGGAUGAAUCUACCCAUUACCAGAUCCUACUGAACAGUUUCCCACGCACAGAUCAUCAGAGAUGUUUCAAACAUAUACUGGAUAUACCUGCGCCCACACGAGAGGACUUCCGCCAGCGAUCGAAUGUCACGCUCACCAUACCAAACUUUAAUUGGUGCUGCCACCACCAAGUGCAGAUCCAGCCCUUCUUUAGCAGCUGUCUGAAUGACUGCCGUAGACACUCCGUGAAUGUUUCCUGUCCAAAAAUUCCAGGAGACCCAAUUGCAGGUAAGGCCACCAAUCCUUCACAUAGUAUGUUGUGGGAGACCCAAGGGGACAUUUCUCAGGGGCCACAUGAGAAGUUUCUGACUGAGCCUGGUCCCAAGCCAGGCAUACAAAGUUGCCCAGGGGUGGAUGAGAUCACCAUCAUGUCAUGGUGCAGGCUCAGGUUGGCAUACCAGGCCUCCCUGCCACAUCAUGCUGUUCUGCUUGUCACAGAGUAUAUUUCCCUGUGGAUGUAUGGUUUCAUCACGGGCAUCUCCAUCCUGAUGGUGGGCUGCAUCAUUCUGCUGAUCCUCUGCAUGACCUGGAGGCUAUCUGGAUCUCAUCAUGAAAAACAUGGCAAUGACACCAGAGACACAGAGAGAAAGGGAGAGGAAGAAAGAAAUAGAAACAUCAGUGAUGAGAGAGAAGAUGUCCUGCCCACCACUGGCCUGAUGCCCCCUCCCCUCAAGCCCAGAAAGGUUUGGAUUGUCUACUCCGCUGACCACCCUCUGUUUGUGGAUGUGGUCCUAAAGUUCGCUCAAUUCCUGCUUACUGUUUGUGCCACUGAAGUGACCCUCGACCUGCUGGAGGAGCAGAUCAUCUCAGAGAUGGGGGUCAUGACCUGGGUGGGCCGGCAGAAGCAGGAGAUGGUAGAGAGCAAUUCCAAGAUCAUCAUCCUGUGUUCCCGAGGUACCCGGGCCAAGUGGCAGGCCAUACUUGGCUGGGAGGAGCCUGCUGUCCAGCUUCGAUGUGACCACCAGAAGCUUGCUGGGGACCUUUUCACAGCAGCCAUGAACAUGAUUCUGCCAGAUUUCAAGAAGCCUGCCUGCUUUGGCACCUACAUCAUAUGCUACUUUAGUGACAUCAGCAGUGAGAAUGAUAUCCCAGACCUCUUCAACAUCACUUCUAGGUACCCACUCAUGGACAGAUUUGAGGAGGUUUACUUUCGGAUUCAGGACCUGGAGAUGUAUGAACCUGGCCGGAUGCACCGCAUUGGGGAGCUCACAGGGGAGAAUUACCUGCAGAGUCCCAGUGGCUGGCAGCUCAAGGAAGCUGUGGAGAGAUUCAGAGAGUGGCAGGCUCAGUACCCUGAUUGGUUUGAGCAUGAGAACCUCUGCUCAGCAGAUGGCCAGGAUACUUUGUCCCUGAAUGAAGAGGUGUCUGCAGAGUGGCUACUGCCACCUGGAAGAGGAAUUGUGAAACAGGAGCCCCUGGUGCAGGAGCCUGCUGCUGAGGGCCACCUAGUGGUGGCAUUGCUCAUCACUGAGGAAGGCAGAGGAGUGGCCAGGCUACAACCUAAGCUUCAGCCCCAGGGUCAGCUGGUGGCCCAAACCCUUCAUACCAUGGUGCUCCCCCUGAAGGCUGUCCCUCCUACUCAAGAUGUGGUACCUGCCCCUCCUGCUAUUAGGAGCAGCACAGCCAGUCAGUUGGCCAUUGUGGAAGGAGAUGAGGCCUGCCCGCUGCUGGAACGCUGGAACCCUCAGCAGAACAGUGUCCUCUUCCUCCCCAAGGAGUCAGAGGACCCACCUCUCUGUAGCACCCCGAUGGCAUCACCAGACCACCUCUCAGAGGAUGAAAGGGGGCAGCUUGAAGGCUUGAUACUCUCACUCUCCCAGCAAAGUCUGAGCUGCCAGACCUCUGAGGGGUGGGAGAGACCUGUGGUGGUCCUCAAAGACCCAUACAUACCCUAUGGAGAGGGACAGCGGGAGUCAGUGCAGUCUGACCAGGGCUACAUCUCCAGGAGCUCCCCACAACCCCCUGAUGGACUGGUGGAAAUGGAGGAAGAGGAAACAAAGCAGAACCUGGGAAUGUCUGCCAAGCAACUCUCCCAUGAGGCCCUGGAGAGCCUGAGAAGCCUCCAGCAACAGCUUUUAUUCCAAGAGCUUCAGAAUAACUCUGGCUGGGACAAUAUGGAACCAGAGAGGCCAGAUACAUAGUGCCUCCUAGACAAGAGCAUUGAAAGAAAGGCGUAUACUUUUGUCUCUAUAUGUAUAUAUAGAGGCCUGGUGCACGAAAUUCAUGCACUUGGUGGGGGUGUCAUUCAGCCCAUUCUACACCCUCUCCAAUCUGGGAUGCCUCUCACAAUCCAGGACUGCUGGCUCCCAACAGCUCGCCUGCCUGCCUGAUCACCCCCUGACCACUGCCCUGCCAGAUCGAUGCCUUACUGCUCUUAUGCUGACCCCAUCACCCCCAACUGCCCUCCCCUGCAGGCCUGGUAUCCCCCAACUGUCCUCUGAAGGCCUUGUCAUCCCCAAUUGCCCUCAUCUGCAGGCC